AUGGUGUUCGCGGGCACCACCGUCGUCAAUGGCAGCGCCGUCUGCCUCGUCGUGUGCACCGGGAUGGCCACCGAGAUUAGCAAGAUCAACUCUGGUGGUCUUCUCUCGUUCGCCUCAUUCCUUACCGACUCACACGCUCCGUCCGCAAAACAGGUGUGGUUCGGUUGGCUGUCGCAGGAGGACGACAACACGCCGCUCAAGAAGAAGCUCAACGAGUUCGGCGAGGCACUCACCAAGAUCAUCGGCCUCAUAUGCAUCCUCGUGUGGCUCAUCAAUGUCAAGUACUUCUUGACCUUCGAGCUCGACGGAUGGGUGCCCAGGAACAUACGCUUUUCGUUUGAGAAGUGCACAUACUACUUUGAGAUCGCCGUGGCGCUUGCCGUCGCCGCCAUACCUGAAGGAUUUCCUGCCGUGAUCACCACAUGCCUCGCCCUCGGAACCAGGAAGAUGGCCGCCAAGAAUGCGCUCGUGAGAAAGCUUCCCAGUGUGGAGACUCCGGGCUGCACCACUGUGAUCUGCUCUGACAAGACUGGGACACUGACCACCAACCAGAUGUCAGUCUCAAAGCUCGCUGUGAUCGGUGAUGCCCCAGGGAAAGUUAGGAGCUUCAAGGUGGACGACACGUCGCAUGAUCCCCGUGAUUGCAAAAUUUACUACUGGCCUGCAAGGAGGAUGUAUGCAAAUCUUGAGAUGAUUGCGAAGGUUGUCGCUGUGUGCAAUGAUGCCAGUGUCUCACAUUAUUCAAACCAGUAUGUUUCCACCAGAAUGCCGACCGAGGCUGCUUUAAAGGUCUUGGUUGAGAAAAUGGGAGUACCUGAAGGAAAGAACGGUCUGUCGAUGGAUCCGCCCGAGACAUUAGUUUGGAGGUGAGACGUUGAUGCCCUUUGUGCUGUUGGAGGCUGUUGGGUACUGUUGGUGCCGUUUGGUUCAUUCAUAAGUGCUCAGAAAGUGAGGCUCGCCUGCAUGCACUUCCACCAGUUCUAUGAGGGCAUGUACAGAGGUAGCAGCACCAAGCGGUGGUCUCAUCCCAUCCACAUAGAUUUGUACUAUAAUACCACCAUUUGAACAUUUACCACCCAAUGGAAGCAGUGGUUUGAGGUAUGACAGGAGCAAGGUCCUCUACUUCACUUUAUCAAACCGCCACCGCAAGAUGAGAGGAGCCAAGGCGUGGUCCUGUGACUUUUGGCAGUGAGGAAGCGGCCUCCUCUGCAGGAUCCCGCUUGUGUCUGCAAGCUAUACCUUUUGGCAAACUGGACCAUCUGAUCCUACGUGGAGUGCUGGAGCAGCUGUCCAACCUGGAGCGUUGGACAUGCCCUGAGGCAAAAAGCAAAGAAGGAUGCCUCAUGGCAUUGGCUCUUGGUAGGAGUGACCGAGUGAGCUCUAUGAUGUGCGCAACAAGUUCCAGACCAUUAUGCAGUGGUUCUGUUUUGCAGUUUGAAAUAAGGAAUUGGAACUGCAACAUCCUGAAAUACUUGACAAACUACGGGAAGAAACAUCAUGAACUUGCUCCCCAUGAAACAACUCCACAAUACCAUUGUCACAUGCUAUUUUAUUUGCAAUGAGCAUGGAGAUCCUCGCGACCCAUAUGAAGUAACUUUAGCAAAGCUUGCUCUUUACCCUAUUAAAGAAUUGCUGUCUUUUUGUAACAUGAGUUACCCAUUUUUUAUUGGCCAGCAUACCAUUUUUGAGACGUUAAGUGAUAACGAUAGUGAUUGAUAAGUUGUAUUGAGUUUUGCCUUACCUGUCCACCCUAAAACGUGUUAUCAGCCAAUGUGAAAGUGUAUAUAUUGCAAUGUAAGGCUCAUUGUGGUAUAUGUAUAUACAUGCAAUGGUAGACU